CCCAUGCCACCCCGCCGCCGCCGCCGCCGCCGCCGCCACCGUCGGGGGCUUCCAUCCCACGCCGCACUGCGGCGCCCCCGUCCUCGGCGGCGACGGCCGGCGGCGACGGAAAGCGCGCCCCGCGGCACUCCUUUCCCCUUCUUUCCGGGCGCGAAGGGCGCGAGCAGGCCUGGCGCAGGAAGCCGCGGCGGCGGGGAGGGGAGCGCCUGGUGGAGGGGGUCGCUGGGGGAGAGGCGGCUGGGCGAGGAGGGGCGGUGCGGUGGUGCGGUCUCGCAGACGGCCGAUUCGGGCAGAGCCCGCAAACCUCAGAGCGGCGAGUGCGCGUGCGCACGGAGCAGCGGCUGCUCCGUUCAAUGCAUCUGCCGGCCGAGCGGGAACCGCACAGGCAGCAGCAGCAGCCUCAGCAGCCUCAGCAGCAUCACCGCCGGCGCAGGAUGAGCAGCGAGGUGGUGCUGCCGGGCGAGCGGGCGCUGAGCCAGGUGCUCGCCGAACACCCCGGGGAGCUGAUGCGCACGGGGAGCCCCAACCUGGUGUGCUCCGUGCUGCCGUCUCACUGGCGCUCCAACAAGACGCUGCCCGUGGCUUUCAAGGUGGUCACGCUCGGGGACGUUUGCGACGGGACCCUGGUCACGCUGCGUGCGGGUAACGACGAGAACUACUGCGCCGAACUGAGGAACGCCUCGGCCGUGGUCAAGAACCAGGUGGCCAAGUUUAACGACCUCAGGUUCGUCGGCAGGAGUGGAAGAGGCAAGAGCUUCACGAUCACCAUCACUCUGAGUACGAACCCGCCGCAAGUGGCGACCUACACCAAGGCCAUCAAGGUCACCGUCGACGGACCCCGGGAACCACGCAGCCAGCAGCAGCAGUUGAGGGCCUUCGCGAGCGCCUUCGGCCAGCGGCCCCCUUUCCUGGACCCCCUCCGGGAGUGGGACCACCUGCGGAGGAAGACAGCGGAGCAGUGGGCCCUGGACAUCCCCAGGAGGAUCCCUGGGACGGGACCCCACCACGACCCCGGUCAAGUCCUGCACCUGGGCACGGACCCGCACUGGGGCCCCUACCAGCACUACUCGACGUACCUGGCGGCCGCCGGACCCUUCGCGGCAGCGCCCUUCGGUCUGGACGCGUCGGCGGGGCCGCCCCCCGACGGGUCCCCUUCCUCCUGUCCCUCCAGCGGAGCCUCGCAGCUGACCCCCGGUGAGCGCUCUAACGGCUCGAACAGCAGCGUUCCUGGCGGCGGCACAGGCAGCAGCGCGGGCGGCGGGGACCCACCGGUGGCCGACAUCACGCUCAAGGUGGACCCCCUGCUCCUGGGCCGCUACGGCAACGCCGUGGACCUGUGCCUGUCGGACAGGCUCUCCGAACUCCGCCAGGGCCUGGCCGGCUCUAACGGGGGAUCGGGAUUCGCGCACCAGCCGAGCACGACGUCCGGGAGCCUGCUGGCCACGUCCGCGGCGGCGCCCUACCUCACGCACGCGGCUGCCGGCUACGCGGCCGGUCUCCUGGGACCCCACGGCUACUACGGAGGCCCCAACGGAGCCUGGGGUCCCGUUGUGGCCCCGUCUCUCCUCUACCCCCAGCUCUAUGGCUCCAUGGGCCAGCCGCACGGCCUGCACCCCGGGCUGCAGCUCCUCCGCCACGAACUGCGGGCGGCCACCAUCCACUCGAGCCAGGACGAGUCCGUGUCCCCGGACCGCAGCGCCACAGCGUCGCCCACGAUGGACAGCGACGUCAGCUGCUCGUCUCCGAAGCCCCUGAGGUCUCAACAUGACGACCCGGACCAGAGUGACCGGAGUGUCUCGCCGAGUGAGGACGUUAAGAAACCGGCCUUACAGGGCACCAAGUCGACGCCUCCGCCGCCCCUACCGGUGCCCAUGUCUGUGUCCAGUGUCCCGGACACCAGGACGAGUACAGUGACGAGCGGUACCACAAGGACCACUGGUCCUCUGACGAACACCACGAACGGACACACCAGUACGGACUCCUCGCUCUGGAGGCCGUACUGAGACAAAAAGUGUAACGAAACAACGACGUGGGGACCUGCGUGUGUGUGCGUGUGUGCGUGUGUUGGAUGACUCCGGUUGAGUGCGCGUGUGGCUUGCCGUCUUGACAAGUGGUCCGGUGAGGCAACGAUUGGUCGGCGGUUUUCUUUUCCCGGUCGAGCGGUCGCGAAUCAGCUUGGAAAGACCGAAGGAGCUGGACUCACGUGUACAUAAUAGGGUGCUAGGGAACCUCCAAGCUGCGCGGAUAUCGAAGCGUUACUUUUUUUUUUCUCUCUUUCCCCAUCUUUCAUCUGUUUUUGUGCGCUACGCUCAUUACAGGAUAAAUUUUUAUAUGUGUGACUACGUGCACAACUAUUAGGCACAAAAUGCAUCUAAAUGAAGAUUGCGCGCAGUGUGAUGGUCCAGGUGACGUUGGCGUAUAAAUAAAAAAACAUUUCUUUUUGUGGAAGACA